CUUGCAAUCAACAUUGAUCUACUGCCUCUGUGAUUGUGGUCAAUAUGGCGAGAAACCUCGACCUCUUUGUGGUCCUUGCCAUCAUGGUUCUGGACAUCGUAGCCGGGAUUCUUGGAAUCGAAGCUGAGGUUGCUCAGAACAAGGUUCAGCACCUGAAGCAGUGGAUAUUCGAGUGCCGAGAUCCGAGCUACCAGGCAUUCAAACUCGGACUGGCUGCAGUGGUGCUCUUGUGUCUGGCGCACGCCGCAACCAAUUUGUUGGGAGGGUGUAUCUUCAUUAGAUCGAAGGAAGAACUCGACCAGGCUUCCUCCAACAAGCAAAUGGCAGCUGCUUCCCUCGUCAUGUUAUGGCUGAUGCUGGGGAUCGCGUUUAUUCUUCUGAUAUCAGGGAUCAAUGCAAACUCGAAAUCCAGAAUGCACUGUGGAAUAUCCAAUCGCCGGCAGCUCUCGAUUGGAGGGAUCCUCUGUUUCAUCCAUGGCCUCUUUGCAGUCUCCUAUUAUGUCUCCGCGGCUGCAGUCCUGCGCGAGGAAAGGAAGCAUCAUCUAGAAGGCCAAGAAAACAAGCCGAAUCCGCAAACAGUCCCUUCUCCUGCUUAAUUC